CAGGUUCAUUAUAUUUAUUUUUGGUUUUGGAGUUCCAAUGAGAUUCUACCACGUAGGUGCACCAGCUCCGUCACACGGAGUAAGAUCCAAUAACAAAGCGAUUUCACACAUGAUAAGAAUAGGUUACGAAGUAGAGGAUCUUCAAAAACCUGUAGGUAUAGCGAAAGUACUGUGGAGAGCUCAAACUCCGCCAAUGGGAGCAUCCGUUCUUAGCUCUCAUCGCUUCAAUCACCUGAAAAUCGCAGAUUACAGAUGAAAGAAUCAAGAAGUGUUGAUAUUGAAGGUGGCUGUGUGGCAUGUUAUCCUUGAUUUGAUAAUCAACCAUGUUCUAUCUGCCUUACUUUCAAGAAGAAUGUAGUGAACCCAGAAGGAACCAUCAUUUGCCUAAAUGGACCUUUGCCAUCAAGAGCCAAUAAAUAUUGGUCUAUUCAUUCUUCUGAUCAGGGUAGAAGUGACUAUAUAAAUGUUGAGCAAACUUCUCUCUGGAGUCUCUAAAUCGUGAAGUUGUUCAAUUGAGAUCAACUGAUGGGGCAGAGAUUCCUGGUUCACAAAGCGUUGAUAUCUCUGAGACUUCUUACUACCACCCUAAAAUGCUUAGAAAUAUGUUUCUGAACUUACUUUGUACGUUUAAGUUCUCUAGUUAAUAAUGCAGCAGAGUCAUUCUUUAAACGUGAGAUUCGGUGGAGGUUAUUUGUGAUGGCAGUACUGAUCUUAAUCAGUCGUGUUGGUUAUUUCAUUCCUCUACCUGGGUUUGAUUGCAGGUUGAUACCUCAAGAUUACCUUAGCUUUGUCUCAGGAUCUGUUCCUGAUGAACUGGGUGAUUCCGCAGCGGAGCUCAAAAUGUCCCUUUUUCAGCUUGGAAUCAGUCCUCAGAUAAUAGCAUUGAUAAUUAUGCAGGUGCUCUGUCAUGUUGUUCCACUUUUGUAAAGCUGUGGAAGGAAGGCUUAGAUGCCCAUGAGAAGAUUAAUUAAGAGUUAUAUGUGUGUCUAGUUAGUCAUCUCAAGCAAUGGUGGCUUUAACUUUGCUUUGCAAUAUUGGAAGCAGUGAUAGUUGCUUGUCAUUCUCUUCCAUACUCAAUCCAUGCAGAUUAAGCAUGUGCCGGUGACAAGCCUUUUUUUAGGCCUUGUGGGGCACUGGCUAUUACAUGGAUCUGCGAUACCAUAUCAGAAUCUAGAUUUGGUCAAGGGUUAUCCCUUAUUAUAUGUGUUGGAAUAUUAACUGGCUGCACAGACACACUGCACAAGAUGUUGACUCAGCUAUGGGAUGAUUCUCCCAUUACUGAAGUGGAGCCCUAUAUAUCUUUUAAUAUUAAUCCAUCAGGAAUGCAGCCUGUACUCACCACCACUUAUCGCUUGGCAUUUCCAAGUAUAUUCUUGCAAGUAUACUUGAUUCUCCUUUCUGGAAACAUGUCAAGCAGAUAUUGAGCCCUGAAACUUCUUUUGGUGGCAGAGCCAUGGGUUUACCAUUCAAUAUAUGCAUUUUUUGUCUUCCUAUUCAAUAUCUUUGAUAUUCCAUUGCAGAAUAUGCUUGCGUACCUAAAUGCAAAAAAAAAAAAGAACGAAGAAGAAGAAGAAGAAAAAGAAGCAAACUUGCCACAGGAAAUUGCAGAUUACUUUAAUAAGAUGGGCGCCAGGAUACCUAAUAUAAAGCCUGGGAAGGCUACUGUUGAAUACCUUACAAAGAAUCAGGCAUCAACAUAUUUUUGGGGGGGCCUUCUGCUGCGUGUUUUGGCAACUACUUCCACUGCACUUGAUCAUUACUUACACUGAGGAUUAGCAGUUGGAUUUACAUCAGUCUUAAUUAUCUUGGGUUCCAUUAUUGAACUUAGAAGAUCCUAUCAAGCAUACUGUGUCAUGCCAAGAUUAACCAAAGCUCUGAAGCAUAACGGUGUUUAAUCUCUCAAGAGACCUUACCAUCCUUCUCCAGAUAGUAGAAGACUUAAAAAACCUUACAUAAGCAAUGCAAUACAACAAUCAAAAACGAAUUCUCAAGACCAACAGGUUAGUUCAGGAACAGAGAACAAACAAAAACAGGGAGGUACCGAAGCUCACAAUGUUGUAUGCAGGGAGUUGUAGAUGCAAAGGUUGUGAGCAAGACAGCUUUAGGAAUCUUUCUUAAGGAUAAUUGUUUCCGCCUUUCCACAGGAAAUGUUAUCCCCCAAGAUACAAUGCCCACUCAAAGAACACUAAUACCCAAACCAUUACACUGAAACUUGAAGGCAAAGUGUAGGAAUUCAAGGAAGAAAGCAACGAAAAGUUAAAAGUACCAACAAGAAGAAGCACUGUUUAUGGGGUUAUUUUAUUUAUGUAUAAACUCAAAUGGGUGCC